AAAAUACCCUGUACUUAUCGGACUCGAACUCCACAUUUUCCUCUCCUCGCUCUCUCCUUCAAACCCUAAAAACCCGUAAUAUAUAAAGUAUUUCAUUUUGCUUCGAUUUCUCAGAAACGAAAAUAUGAUGGGUGUAGUAGCCGGAAUGGAAAGGAUUGGUGAUUUACCUGAAUCCCUUACUCAUCACAUUCUCUCAUUUCUUCCAAUCAAACGUGCUGCUUCAACAAAUUUUAUCUAAUAGAUGGAACAAUCGCUGGUUAUCUCUUCCCGUUCUUGAUUUUACAGAAUGGCGAUCUCCUCCUACUGCUACUACUACACUUGAAGAUCGCAACAAAGAAGAAGAAGAAACCGAUUCUGAUACAGAUGGUUCGGAGCAAGAAUACCGAGUGAUCAAAGAUUCACCUCCAGUAGAUUUAUCAGAGACUAAUAGGUUCAUGCAUUUUCUGGAUAAGGUAUUAUUUCUCGAUAACUUGGCUCAUAUAAAGAAAUUCUGUCUCAAAACUGACAGUAAGUACUUUGAUCAAGACCGUGUAAAGAAAUGGAUCAUUUCGAUUGUCAUGCAUGCUGUCGAAGAGAUCAUUCUUUCCAUUAAGUGCUCAGGUCCUGGAGUGAUUCCAUUAGAACUGUUUAUUGUGAGUCAUUGACUGUGUUAGAUUUGCAGUUUGAGAACAAACAGGUUAUAGAUAAAUCACCAUUAUCACCAAUCUCUUUUCAAAGACUUAAGAAACUUCGGCUUUCGUUUAUUGAAUUCAAGGAUGAGUGAUUGGCAGUGCAGAUUUUUUUCUAAUUGCCCUGUGCAUGAAGAUUUGCAUAUGAGUAAGCUGGUAUUCGAUAAAACUUUUCAGAGGGUUAUACUAAAAGCAGAUAUGAAUCUUUGCAUAAGUUUGUUGAGAAGGUGUCUCAUGUAAAGCGCCUAAUGGUAUCUCAUACCUACUUUUAUCCUAAGAUUCUUGACGACUCAAGCGUUCUCCCUAGAAGCUUCCAUAUGUUCCGUAAUUUGGUCAGUUUUGAAGUGGAUAUUAUUCAUUAUGGGCAAAUCAAAUCACUAUUCGACAUAAUUCUACAGUUUUCGCCAAAUUUAACAUCACUCAUCUUCCGUCAGCUCUUCACGUAUGAUAAAGUCGGUGAGGAUGCAUUGUCGUUAAAUAUAGUGCCUCGUUGUUUGUUGUUCUGCCUAAAGUCCAUUGAAUUUCAGAAUUUCUCUGGGCACCCAGGGGAGAUAGAGGUGGUGAAUAUAUUUCUGGAGAAUGCUAGAGUUCUUCUAUUGAUUACUCUUGGAAGUUCAUCACAUCGUUUGGAAUAUAUGAACAAGAAGAAAUCUACUGCUAAGGAAGUUGAAGAUGCCAAUCAUAAAAUUCUGGAGCAGUUACUGCCAUUUUCAUGGGCUUCAGCUGAUUGCAUGGUUACGUUUUCAAGUCCCUAAUCUAUUUUCUUUUUCUUACAUUUUGAGUAUUGAACUUCACUGUUUUGAGGUUAAGAUUAGGAAUAUGCCUUGGCAAGUCCUAAUUAGAUGCACAUUUUGGCAAACUGCAUGUGUUGAAUUCAUUAUUUUAGAUCUGUGCUCUAGAUUUUCAGCCUAUCUGCCUUGAUUUAGACUCCUCAAAAACUAUG